CUCUCAGCAGCCCAGAGCCAGCCAGCGGGAGAGAGAGAGCGCGCCGCGCUCUGUCGCAGCCUCUGCCGACGCGGACCGCGGCUGAAGCAGAGGCACAGGCGUUCUUCCACGUCGUAUAAAACACAAAAAUAAAAAUAACAUUAAAAAAUAUUCGGACGAGCAGACGUGAAGACGCGCAUUAAAACGCACUAAGUAGAGCCACCUCACUGUCAGCGCCCAAAUCAAUCGCCCAGGAGCAGUGCCUCGCCCGCAGUCAUUGAUGUCCGCCGAGGAGUCAGCGUCAGGAGUCAGCAAACAUAACUGAACCGAGAGCAUGUCCACAGAUAGUCCCACUCAGCUGCGGGAUCUGAGCCAGCUGCGGGGUCACCUCCAAGGCCCGACCCCCGCCCCGGCUCCCACCACGGCCCAUGGCUACCGCAGCAUCGCACCGCCCGCCACCACCACCACCAGCACCCCCAGCAGCAGCAACAGCAUUAGCACACCCUCCCCAGCAGCACCCCUAGUGAUGGCCAGCAUGCCGGCCAGCGGGUCCAAGUACGUGCUCCUCCAGCACAACCACAGCGGCGGCUUCACGGCCUACGACAGUGCCUCCGCGGCGGCGGCAGCAGCGGCCGCCGCGAACGCCCCACAGCCCGGAGCGGGGGCGGGAGCCGGAGGAGCGGCCGGCGGCAACAUAGUGCUCCUGGCCGCGGAACCCCUCGAGAUGGGCUCGGCCGACGCCCUGGCCGCGGCGGCGGCGGCAGCCGGAGUCGGAGCCCGGCCCACUGACGGCGACGACGGGGAGCUGCGCUCCCUGAGCUGGCUGAACGAUAGCAACCUGAUCAAGGGCAUCGUGACCUCCAGCGGGACGGCCGCGGCGGCCCAGCUGAAGCGGGGCGCGGCGGUGGCGCUGAAGACCACGCCGGGCUCGGCCCCGGGCUCGGUAUGCAUCGUGAGCGACCUGAUCGAGGAGCUGCCGGCGAGCGAGCACCCCAGCGAGCAGGACCAUCCGGGAGCGGGAGCUGCGGGCUCGGCGGCGGCGGUGUACAGCACCACCACGGUGCACAAGGGACCCAGUGGCACCACCACCGUGGUGGAGUACAAAGCCAGCAAGGCGAACAGCCAGCCACAGUCGCAGUCCGCGCAGCAGCAGCCGCAGCAGCAGCAGGUCUAUCAGCGCACCACCCUGGGGCACGGAUACUUGCCCGCCCAGGCCACCCUCUCGCCCGCCAAGCCCACACUCGCAGUAACGCAGGCGGCGGCGCCUCAGCAGCAGCAGCCGCAGAUCUUCGUGACCAGCAACGGAGGCAGCGGCUUCAAGGCGGCCGUGGCGGCGCUCAGCUCACCCAUCAACACCACCAGCAGUAGCAGCAACAGCACCACCACCCACCACCCGCACAAGAAGUACCUGCGGGAGAAGAUGCACGUGCAGAUGGACCAGAGCAGCCACGUGGCCUCCACGGUGACCGUGGUCAGCUCGCCCGCCUCCUCCAACAACUCUUCGAUCAGCUCCAGCUCGGCCAGCAACUCUGUUUCCGGCUCUGGUUCCGGUUCCGGUUCCGGUUCCGGCUCGGGCUCUGCCUCUUCGACGGCUGCCGUAAACGGAGGCAACAGCCCGGUGCUCAAGGGCAGCGCCAGCAGCUUCACCUCGGUGUUCGAGGCCAUCAACUACGCCACCACGGUGACCAGCACUCCGCCCGCCAGCAAGCAGGAGUCCCCCGCCACUGGGCCAGCCUCCGUCACCGUCGCCGUCUCCGCAGCCGUAUCCGCCUCCACGGAGGCCCCAGCUUCCGCCAUUCAGGCCUCCUCCGUGGUCAUCAGCGCCGGGUCCCUGCCGCCGGGCUACAGCUUCGUGAACCACGUGGCCAGCUCGCCGCACGUCAUAUCCACGCCGGCCCAGAUGGCCUCGCCCGAGACUCCGGCCGGAGGGGCUCUGAUGCCCGGAGCCUACUACACGACCUCCGCCGGCGGCGUCGGCAACUCGGGUCCUGCCACGCGCAGCCUCCAGCUGUCCGUGUCGCCCCCGCCGCCGCCCAUGACGCCCACGGGCCACCUCGGGUCCGUUCCGGGCGGGGGCUUGGUCGGAGCCGGCAGCUCCAACCUGCGCAGCCCCAACAGCUACGCGAGCUACGACAACGAGGACUCGCUCAAGGACUUCGACAUGGUGGUGAGCUCGCGGAUGCACACCAGCACCCCCCAGUACGGAGGGGGCGGCAAGGCGGGCGGGGGCGCCGCCAACGGCUACAGCAGCGGCAGCAGCGCCACGCCCCAGAAGCAGAAGCAUCCCAACAACGUGCCAUACGACCCGCUCGUCCACACCAACAACAAGCCGCCAUAUAGCUUUAGCUCCCUGAUCUUCAUGGCCAUCGAGGGCUCCAACGAGAAGGCGCUGCCCGUGAAGGAGAUCUACGCCUGGAUCGUCCAGCACUUCCCGUACUUCAAGACGGCGCCCAACGGCUGGAAGAACAGCGUUCGCCACAACCUGUCCCUCAACAAGAGCUUCGUGAAGGUGGAGAAGGCGCCGAACAUGGGCAAGGGAUCGCUGUGGCGCGUGGAGCCCCAGCAGCGCCAGAAUCUCAUCCAGGCCCUCAACCGGUCGCCGUACUACUCCAACUCGGCGGUGGACAAGAUCAGUCCCUCGCUGAAGAGUCCCGGCGGCGGCACCGGCCCCUCCACCCAGACCUACGACAGCCUGGACGGCGGCGUCCAGGGAGUAGCCUCCCUCCAGGGGGCACCUUUGGCGGGAGCCGGAGCCGGAGCCGGGUCCAGGGCGGGAGCUGGAGCGGCCGCAGCGGCCGUGGCCCUGUCCACGCCCUCGAAGAGCAACGGCCUGGUGAUGGCCAACGUCGCUAGUCAGUCGCAGAGCGCAGCCACGCCGCACAGCCCCGGCGGCGGCGGGGGAGGAGCGGCCGGCAGCCACGCCCGCUUCGACCCCAAGCUGUUCCCCAACCUGUCCAAGGCCUUCCGCAACAUCCGCGAGGACUCUGCCGGCCAGCCGCUGCUGCCGGACGUGGCCGACGAGGAUCUCUCCGGGGACUAUCACCACCACAACAACAACAACAACAACAACAACAGCACCAGCGUGGCCAACAACAACGGCCUCAAGUACAGCUUUGUGGGCCUGAACGGGGCCGGCGGAGCACUGGGCCUGGGAGGCGGCGGAGCCAACGGCGUGGCCGCGGCCCCCGCCCCGGAGGGCAGCAUCAACUACGAGCGCCUGGCGAGGGACUGCGGGGCGGACAGCAUGGACGACGUGCACGCGGCGGCGGCGAUGCUCUUCCUCAAACACGGACCAAAGGCCUUCAGCGAGCCGUUCCAGAACGGGAGCGCUCCGGUGAUCACCAGCUCGCCCAGCGAGGACCACACCUACUCGGCGGGCGGCAACAGCAACGCGGACAGCGGCGCCUCCACGCCCUUGACGAACGGCAACCUGCUGGCCCAGACGGCGGCCCAGUCCGCCCAGAUGCACCAGGGCGGAGGUGGAGGCGGUUCCGACAGCAACUGCGCCAGCUCGGACGCGGCCUACGACAGCAGCGAGGAGAACCACAACAUCACGCCCGAGGAGCUGGCCGACCAGCAGCGCCAUCGCGACGGAGUGGACGCCCUGCUCUCCCUGUCGCGCUCCUCGAUCGUGGAGUGCGGCUCGGUGGCCACCACCCACUACCACAGCAACGGGAGCAGCGGCAGCAGCCACGGCUCGCCCCACAAGCGGGCCUCCAGACAGAGCCUCGAGGAGGAGCACCGCGAGCAGCACCGGGAGCAGCAGCACCUGCAGUACCACCCCUUCACCACCUCCCAGCCGGUCGGCAUCUACACGAACGGCAGCGGCAGCAAGAUGGCUCUGCUCAGCAGCGCGGCGGCCAACGUGGCGCAGCAGCACCAGGACCUCUACAGCCCGGCGGGCGGAGGCGGCGGCCUGUACCUGGGCGGCGCAGUGGGGGCGGGCAUGCUGCCCCAGAGCCUCAGCGCCGCCAUGGCGGCCAGCAAGUGCAGCAACAAGGUGAAGCCGCUGCGCGGUCCCCUGCGCACCAAGAAGCGCAAGUCGGCCUGCAUGCGGUGAAUGUGGCACCAGGCUGGCGGCAGGCGGACCUAGUCCUAGGUUCCUCUGCCAGCUACCUCCCGCCACCGCCACCGCAACCCACCGUGCCACCCACUGCCCCUGCCACGCCCCAGUUGUUAUCUCUUUCUAAAGUGAGGAUCACAGAGAGCAUUUAGUCGAAACUGAAAAGGAAGAACUUCACCCCGCUCUUGCUUCCCCCCGAGAUCCGAACCCGAACCCGAACCCGAUCCUCAGGCCCGAGUCCCGAACCCCAUCCAAGCCCCAAACCCAGGACCCUGUAGACGUGUACGUUCGAUUACCUUCUGUGUUUGUUAUACAAAUUAUCGAGCCUUAUGUUUUAACGGUUGGAACUAAUUUAAAAUGUAGCCCUAGACGUGUUUUUUUAUACAAUUCUUUUUUAUUGAUUCGAUUUAUUGUUGGCCAUUUAUAAUAUUCUGAAUACGAUUACCGAUUACUACUGAUGAUGUACUAGCCAUCUAGCCAUCCAGCCCCUUGCUCCUAACCCUAACCCUAACCCUAGCCGUAGCCUAGUCUUCUUUUAGUUUGUAAUUUUAGAAUGUGCAAAUAUUUUAAAGAGCGAUGCGAAGCGAGGAUGUUUUAAACCGAACCUUAAGCCGCGUAAGUCUUUGCUUCCACCGUGAAACGAGCAGGAAGCAGAAAGCAGAAAGCAGGUCGGAAACGAAGGUUCACGCCGUAUAUUACACCGUAUAUUACCAGAUAUGUGUACCGCGUAGGGAAACGUAGGGAAAAAACAACAACAACAAAGAAACUACAAAUUCUGCUAAGACCGCAAUGAAAUGUGACUAGCGCAAUAAGUAUAAGCUGUAGCCCGUAAUGUAAUCGAAAGAGAAACCAAACCGACUCCGUCGUCGGGAGUUGUUACAAAGAAACUGUUUUUCGGCUGUUCGGAAGUGUUUUAUGGGCCCAGUCGCGAGCCCCCAAACUUUUGAUUGAUUGAUUGAUUGGUUGAUUGAUCAAAAGCGAUGUGUACAAUGUAUGAUGACGAGGAGCGAUAUAUAUAUAGAGGAGAUAUCUUAUAAGAUAAGCCAAGUAAAGGAGACACACAUUUAGCGCCUUAAAAAUUGAGUCCUUAGCUAAAAAAAAAAAAAAAAGAAAAACAAAAAGAAAAUUAUGAUAAUGAUAAUGAGAGAUCUGUUGAAUUGUUUGAACUGCUUUGUUAUACGGAUACACGAGUACAUACAUAUAUUCUAUAUCUCUAUAUAUUGCUAGAGCUAAGGCCAAGCCCCAAGUCCCUGCCCCCGACACCCACAAACCACAAACCAGAAACCAGAAACCAACUCAAGCAAAUGUUAAAUCAAAGAUAUUUAGUCGAUAAGCCACCACAAACCAUUAAGAGCAGAAUGCUAUACACAAACCCUAAUCGUAAGCCUAGUUGAAAUGAGAGACAAUUUGUUAAACGAGAAUCAAACUUUAGUUGAAUGAAAUCCAAGUCCCGAGCCGAGCUGAGCCGAGCCGAGUUCCGAGUUCCGAGUUCCGCAGGAUCUCCGCAGAUGCAUAUCUGUUGAAAGUAACCAGCAGUUAUAUAUAAUAAACACACACGACACUACACUACACUACACUAGACACAUCCAACACCAAGGCAACCAAGGAAUACUUAUUAACUUUAAAUCGAGCGAGUUGACGAAUGAAUUAGACCACACUUGACUAGGAUCGCCCCAAGUGUCACACUUCAAGUACCUUUUUAGCAGAAAGCAAAGCAAAGAUCGCAUUAAAGUUUAAUUACUCUAUACAAGUAUAUAAUUAAAUUACGGACUACCGAUUACCAGUUACCAAUUACCAAUUACCAAUUAACAAUUAACAAUUACUAGAAACCAUUUGCUAGUUGUUACAACAGACCAACAGACAGUGUUGCUUGUCGCCUCAGACCUUACUAUUAUUAUGAUUGUGCUUUUUGACUUUGAUUGCCUUGAAGCAUUGCGAAGGAUGGUGUGUGCGAUGGCUGACCCCCCCCAGAAGCGAGAACAACAAAGUAAUUGUAAUCUAGCCUAAGGACCAGACACCCUGUACCCUCUACCUUAAAUCCUGUGACCUAUAUCCAAUAUCCUCCUCGCACGACAAACAGUGUCUGACAAUCGACGUUGUCGCCUAAGUUUAAAGGUUAAACAAAUUCUAAACAACUAGCUAGUAGUACACUACACACACACUACACUACACACACAGCAAUAGCAAAGAACACACACAUCCAUCUAUUGUUAUAUAAACUCGUAAGCUUUAUCCUCUCGAUCCAGAUCCAGAUCCAGAUCCCGAUCCAGAAACCCCAACCCCAACCGCAAUGAGCAAACCAGUUUUGUUACAACGUUUUUUUCUUCUAUUUUAAUUAUUAUAUCGCAUCAUUAUUAUUAUUAUUAUUACUAUUAUGAUAUAUGAUAUAUUCAUGCUGGUAUAUAUCGGAGUAUAUACAUAUUUGAUUAUACAAACUUUUUUUGCGUACCAAAUACACACAAAUCAAAAUGUGAAUUAUUUCUUUA